AUGUUGAAGCCGAAUGAUCUCGUACCCGAGAUUGACAAUAUUCCCAAUAAUACUUUGAGUACGGAAGAUAAUAAGCAUCAUGAUCUUGAACAAAAACUCCUUUCUGGUCCAAAAAAUAGCUGUGCCCAUCGCAGCCACUUUGGUUGGUUACGUAGGAUCUUCUCUCCUUCUAAGCCAACGUCUUCUCCUAUUCCAAAUCCACAAAAACUCAACUCUCGUGGGGAAAAGAUGUUCAACAGACGUCGUUACAGUGAGGCUUUGGAGUUCUAUGAUCAAGCAAUAGAGCUCUCACCGAAGAAUGUGACUUAUCUCAUCAAUCGAGCAGCUGCAUUGUCGAAAUUGCUGCGUAUUGGGGAAGCUCUGAGCCAGUGGGAAGAGGCCAUAAAGCUGGAUCCAAAAUCUGCACAGGCUCGUCACGGUUUAGGCAUGUCUCUUCUUAGUUUAGGUCACGUCAAUGAAGCGGUGAAGCUUGUGGAGGAAGCAUCAUAUGAUAAAUACGCCAUAAUGAGAGUUAAAAAUGUAGAGGCACACUUCAACGCAUGUAUUAAUGCAAGAAGACGCAGUGAAUGGACUAUUACUAGGAGGGAAGCAACUGCAGCUAUGUGUUCAACUGAGAAUUUUGCAUCUCCUGAGCUAGCUAUGUGUAGAGUAGAAGCACUAGUAAAACUCAGCCGGAUUGGUGAGGCUCAUGCAGCACUAGUAGCAGCUGUCCCCAAAUUAGAACCAAUAGCAACCUCUUUCUCACUGCCACAGACUCGGUUUUUCGAUAUGAUAUGUGAAGCCUACAUAUUUUUUGUCAAAUCACAAAUAAAUUUGGCUCUAGAAAGGUACAAAGAUGCAGCUGAAGAUGCAGCUAAAGCUUUAGAGAUUGAGCCACAUAACAUUGAAAUUAAAAUUCUCAAGAAAAAUAUUGAAUUGAUUCAAAGGGCUCUGUCAUCCAGCAAGCUGAAAAAAUGGGCUGAAGCAGUGAGAGAUUAUGAGAUCGUACAUGAGGCAAUGCCAUACGAUAAAGUCAUUGCUAAAUAUUUGUCUCAAACUCAAGUUGCACUGAAGCAAUCUCGCAGCGAAGUAGUUCUAAACAUGGAAUCUGGAGGUGAUGUUAAGGAGAUUUCUAGUCUUGAAGAGUUGAAAGAUGCAUUGGCUCGUCCCGAUAAGUCUGUCAAGAUUAUUUAUUCUUAG